GCACGCUAUUAUUUUAUGCAUGCGAGGAUUCUUCUACGCAAAUCCAAAAACCAGAGUCUUGAAGAGGAUCAAACCAAGGAUGGUGAUAGGAUUGGCAAUCUGCCAGAUGAAAUACUUCAAUGCAUCCUAUGUUUCCUUUCGACUAAAGAUGUUGUUCGAACACGCAUUGUAUCGCGAAGAUGGUAG